UAAAAUAGAUUCGAGAUCAUCAAGCAAAUAUUUUUGCCAUAUAUCCAGGUGCCAAUAUCAAUAAUUACAUCACUGCAGUAUGUAGCGCGCUUUAGGGCGUCGAAACGGAGAGAAAAGGACCGAACGGCGAUCGAUGCAUUGAGGCGCCAGGCCCCUGAGCUCAGCCCCGUUUCGUUUCAUCACCCUCACCCCGGUAUACCUUGCAGCGAGGCUGCCCUCCGGGCUUUCCUCUACUGUGCAGUUGCGCAUCAACCUUUUCACAGUGUAGAUCUGCAUUCGGUCACUGGACUUUUCGUUUGAUACAAACGUUGUUUCCUUUUUGCUCAUUUUUUAUUUGUGAUAUAUUAUACAAUUCGUUGUAUAUAUUUUGAAAAAAAAAAGAAUCAUGUUACCGAUUUUAUUUUUUUAUAUAGAAUUCUCGAUUUGGUAUUAUUUGUAGUGAUAUUAAUUAAUAAUGUCAUAAAUAUGUCGGUUAUCAUUAUCGUCGAGAUUUGCAAUUUCGACGUGCUUGAACCAUUUUUCGAGCACACGAUCCGUUAAGUACAAAACGAUUCGGUGUCAUCGAUUCAGACUUACUAUUGUGAUGUUCGUUUCACUGACAGACGAUUAUGGAGAUAGCUGAUGCUGGUGAUGGUUAUAAACGAUUUCGUAUAACUGCUCUAGUUCUGUAUAUAUUUCUAUUUGGAUGGACAGACCGCGUGGCAGCUGGCGAUUGCGGUCUGGCCGAAUUAACUUGCCGGGAUGGGCAUUGUGUACCGAUUGACGCGUAUUGCAAUGGACGAGAUGAUUGCGGAGAUAACAGUGACGAGCCAGCAAUGUGUACACCUUGUAACCGUACGUAUCACGGACACGAAGGACGUACGUACAAAUUGGAUCUUCCGAGACCUGCCGAGGAACGUCUGCCAUUUCUUUGUCAUUUAACAUUUACCGCUGCUGGUCAGGGAUACGGUGAAUUGGUACAACUUUUAUGGGAUGCUUUCAGCGUAGGCAGAAUAGAUCCAAACACCGAUAGUUUUAUCACAAGUUGCCCAGAAGGAUCGUUGCAAUUGGCAGAAUUGGGUAGACAUUUUACUGGUGGUUCUUGGUGUGGAGUGGGAGAAGGAAAAGCUUCUUACUAUAGCGAAACCAGUACCGUCACGGCAUCCAUACGACUGUUUCAUGCACCUUCUACUGUACCAUUCGAGUUUCGUUUAAGGUAUAGAUUUGUGUCACGAAAUGAAGCUGUUGCUAGAUUGGGCAAGCCCGAACUUCCAAUUGAAAGAGGUUCUCCGGUGCCUGGUACUUACUGCUCUAGGAACUUUUAUGAAUGCCACUUGAAACAAUGUAGAUUGCAAAGUCCAAAUUAUCCUGGGGAAUAUCCAAGAAAUGCAAGCUGCUUAAUAACUAUAAGACAGAAGGAAGUGCCUACUUGUAAGCACGCUAUGAUUUCAAUAAGAUCGACACCAACUGGUCCAGUUGGUAUAACCACAGCUAAUAGUACUUUAAGCGUAUGGCAAGAUUGCCCUCUGGAAAAAGAUCAUCUUAUCUUUCGUGAUGGCGUCAGACCAGAAGAUGCGAUUUUAUUGAUUUAUUGUGGAGGACCUUUACCAAGGAUCACUGCCAGAGGUCCAACAAUGCAAGUGGAAUUUCGAAGUUCCCCAAUAGCUAUUCCUCUUGGUGCUUCUGCCUUGAGACUUGAACUAGAAAUUCAAGUGAUUUACGUUGACUCUGAUGGGCUUGAUUAUGCGAAAGGCCCACAGGGUUGCCAUUUUUUUGUAAAUGGUACUAAUAAAAGAAGCGGUAUAUUAAGAGCGCCACUUCAUGCACUGCCACCAAAUUCCAGUUGUACCUGGAAUAUUAAAGGAUCUGUCGGAGAUAGAGUAUGGAUUUAUUUUUCUUCGUACUCGCAACGAGACUUAACAGGUAGUGUCGAGAACAAUGCCAGUUCUCAAUCUGAUGUAUCUUGUGCGAUAAAAUUGAUAUUUUGGGAUGGUACUUCGACUACUGGACUUCCAAUGGCUACUCUUUGCGACGACACGCCUAAACUGUGUGCACACGCAGCUUUAAGAAAUGUCACUAGAAGUACGAGACCGUGCACACAAGAUGAAAGUUAUAUCACAGUUGCACCAUCUUUAACGUUACGUAUGGAAACAUUGUUGGGUACUGCACUUCAUACGGUUAACUUUAAUGCACAAUACGAAUUUAUCUCUACCAUUCAAGUUGGUGAACCCUGGGGAGAUGGAGUUUGCAGUAGAGUUUGGCGAAAAGUUCGAAGUGGUGAUAUAAUAUCCCCCCGUGACGUUCGUCUCUUUGGAAGGGGAGGAUCUUCAAAAUUAGAUUGCAGAUAUCGUAUAGAAGCUGGUGCUGAUGAAAGAGUGCGAUUGACAUUGCACAACGUCAGUUUAGGCGAAUCCACCACUUGUACAAGUGAACCAGAUCCUCAUACUGGCCGACCACGUUGUGUUCAGGAAAUGGGUUCCAGAGAAGCUCGUUUAAUUUUAUAUGAAGCUCCAUGGCGAGAUGUAAAGCUUCCAAGAGCUUGUUUAUGUGAUAAUACAUCGCAUCUUCCAUUGACGCACAUUUCUUCGAGCAGAGCUUUGGAGAUCACGUUUUUGAUAGAUCAACAAGCUCCGCACGAGGACUUCGAAACCCUCUUUUUUUAUGCCAGCUUCGAACUUGUCCGAUCACCCGAAUGUCCGAGAAAGCAAAGGGUACGCGGAGAAGGCGGUGAAUUACGAUUCGUGACUCCACCAUUAUCGAGGCCAGAUAUUUAUUGCGAUGGAUUACCAUGGUUGGUGGAAGCGCGCGAAAAUAGAUCCCUUUUCGUUUUAACUUGGGGCUGGUUCCUUCCUCUCGAACCAUCACCGGUAUCGGAAAUGAGCGAACAAAUCAAAUGCCCGACCACCAAUAGAAUUCUUCUUUAUUCCGGUUGGCCACCGAAACUUUUAAAAGUAGUGUGUCCCGCGGAACCAGGUGCAAGAGAAUUCACAGUUCAUGUUUUCUCCGAGGAAUGGUUAGGAGGUACUGGGGAGGGUAAAUGGCCAGGUCCGCCACGACCUCCUGCUUUUCUGCUCGACUUCGUCGCAAGGGAAUCUGGUCAGGCUGCAGCCUCCUGGCUCGAAAUUUCAAAAAGUAGAGCUGCAUUGCGUAGACAGUUACGAUUACCUGAAAGAGGAAUAGAGAACGAAACGUCAACUCACGGUGACUGUCCCCAUAAAUGUCCUGAAUUAAGCGCUUGCAUCGCGGCAAGCCUUUGGUGUGAUGGAAGACCUCAUUGUCCAUCUGGACAUGACGAAGCGAAUUGCGGUAAUGGUGCGAAAUUGCUUGGAUUACUCCCUUCAGAAAUGUGGCUCGUAUUAGCCGGUGUCGCUGGAAUCAUCGCUGCCUUUGCGUGCUUCUUUAUUAUACUGAUUAGCAGGUCAAGAGCACGUACAAAAAGACUUCAUUAUAAGGGUACAAAGAAAAGCAAUAGACCGAGACGAGCCCCAACAGAGGAAACAUUACUUGGAGCAGCAUCCUGACAACAACAACCCGGUUUCGUGGAAUAUAUCCACGUGGACCGGGAAACAACUGUUUAGCAAUAUUUCUCUGCGCUUUACCGUCCACUAACUUAACACUAUCCCCAAGCAUUAAAUUCAAGUUCAAGUAUUUUUCUUUCUAUUAGCAUUUAUCUGUAUGUUGCGUUAUUUAAUUCUUUUUACAUAUUUUAAAAUCUUCCAGUUGUUUUUAAUUAUAAUUGUUAUAUACUUGUUCGUUUAUUCAUUUUAUAUAUGGUUAUACAUACGUGGUUGUAUAUAUUUUAUCAGGAUGCAAUAGAGAGGGACAUAAAGCAUAAUCAUACACUACUUUUUUCUUUCAAAAACUUUUGAAUAAUAUUACAAACAUCAUUUUGUUAUUCAGGCAGUUAGAGUGAUAGCAAUAUCAGUGUUCUUAUUCGUGCAAUAUGAGUGUAUGAUAGAAAAAAGUGAAUGAUAAUACUCAUUAUUGCAGAAACUGCAUUAU